GUGCGUUUCCAUAUUGCGCACGUGCGCAGUGCUCCUUCAGCUACAGUUCUACCUGUAGCUUGCCGGUCUUCCGGCGGCUCUGCGCAUGUGCAUUCGCUACUCUUUUUGAUGCUGAGAGAGCCUCUGGUUGGGAAGAUGGCGGCUUCGAGUACGCGGCAGGAGGAGAAAGAUGAUUACAUGUCGGAUGUGUUCGUCAAUUUGCAGCAGGAUGUUAAACCAGGACUGAUAAUGGUCAGGAGAGUGAAAGAAGAAAUCCUUAAGAGAGAGCGUGCAAUGGAAUUGAUCCUGGAAAACAAGCAGAAGAGCAAAAAAGAAGAGGAGAAAGAGAGACGUGAGACUAAAUUACAGAGCUCGUUAGGAAGUGAAAACAAGGGCUUCACGUUGCUUCAGAAGAUGGGAUAUAAAGAAGGUCAUGGUCUUGGCAAAAGUGGAAAUGGAAUUGUUGAACCUAUUCCACUGCAGAUUAAGACUGGACGUGGUGGAAUUGGCCAUGAGGCAGCACAGAAACGGAAAGCUGAGGAAAAGAUAGAACAUCGCAAACAAAUGUCACAAAUGAAAAAACGAGCAGAAGAAUUUGCCCUUAGUGAAUAUAGGCUACAGGUCAGGAAAAAAAAGGAUCAACUUCAGAUGGAAGGAGAUUUAAGGAAGAGUCAAGUUGCCUGUCAACAGCUGGAUUUACAAAAGGGUAUAGAUGUUCCACAAGAAGCAUGGUAUUGGUUACCCACUUCCGUCGAUGAUGAUGAUGAUGAUGAUGGAAAGGAGGAGGAAGAAGAAUCAAGUGGACGGGAUUAUGAAAUGUUUCGCACAACUGAGGAAAAACUGCUGAUUUUGACCAGCUAUCUCAGGAGAAAAUAUUUCUACUGUGUCUGGUGUGCAAUUUCUUACCAAGAUGAGGAAGACCUAUCUGAUAACUGUCCCGGGGAUUGUGCUGCUGACCACUGCUGACUGAUGAAGCACAGUACAGAGCAAACAGAAAUAGCAUUGGUGGUGGCAUGGCACUGCACUGCACUUCUGAGAUUGGAAUGGAGUGUUCUGAAUAUGAAAAAAAACUUCUAAAACUCCGUUGUCAAUUCCGAGCUGGUGUUGGCGAUGUGUGCUCCAACUUGUAUUUGAAGAAAAUGAACUGAAUGAUGCCAUUUCCAUUGUGAUACUGGACUCUCUCACCUUUACAACCUUUUGACAGAUGGGCAACUGUACAUGUAAAAUAUUUGUACUUUUGACAUUUUAUUUUAAAGUACCUCUGUAUUUAUUGAUUUA